CGGAGCACCCGGAAAACUUACCCAGCGGACCGAGUUACCGGAAGUUAUACCUCCUCAACGUUCAUGUGGGUCCGUGUUGACAACAGAAAGUGUCUGAACCUUUUUAUUUGCAGUUAUUCUCUGGGAACAUUUACAAAGGUCAACAUAAAACAUGUCCGACAACGAAGAUAACUUCGACGACGGAGACUUCGAAGAUGCCGAAGAAGAUGAUGGAUUGGAUGACCUGGAAAACGUCGGCGAUGAGGACCGGGAGAACGUUCAGAUCCUCCCCGCAGGAGAGGGGCAGCAGGCCAACCUGAAGCGGAUCACGACGCCCUACAUGACCAAGUACGAGAGGGCCCGAGUGCUGGGGACCCGCGCGCUGCAGAUCGCCAUGUGCGCUCCAGUCAUGGUGGAGCUGGAGGGAGAAACAGACCCCUUGCAAAUAGCUAUGAAAGAACUUAAGAGCAGAAAGAUCCCAAUCAUCAUCCGCAGGUACCUUCCUGAUGGCAGUUAUGAGGACUGGGGCUGUGACGAGCUCAUCAUAACUGAUUAAACCACACAUCCGGUCUGCACUGAUGAAUCAAUAAAAAAUAAUUCACACCCAUCGUAUCAGGUCAGUCAGCCACAAAAACCCCAGAAGAUUCCCAGGACCGAUCCAAGCAACCUGUUGAUGCCUCAAUUCGAUGCAACGACAUCCAUCGAAUCUGUGGGUGAAAUACGAAUAAAGGAAGUGUGACUAAUUAAACAGACACUUGCAGGGUUAUGAUGGUAUAACCUGACUGAUGACCUUUUCAGCUCCUUUGGGCUGUUUGCCACACGACUCCUGAUACAUCAACAGUUCUUUGACAGUUGCAUUAUGACAAAGAGCCACAAGGGGGAAAUGUAACUUCAGUCAUUUACUUUGUUUUACAAAAUAUACUUGUGUUGUAAUUAUUUUAUGUUUUUGUUCUGAUGGAGGGAGGUGAUUGGCGUAGAAAAACUGUUUUAUUGCUAUUAAUAAACUCUUUUGUAUAAAUGU